CUGCCGCCUGGAUCGGUCUGGGGAGACGCCGGGGACUGCGUAGCGGCCAGUCGGACACCUGAGCUUCCGCUGCGGGACACAAACCCGCAGGACAGGUAGUCGCUAUGCAUCUCCAAGGUGUUGGGCUGUGCUUGAGUCUUCUGGCCAUCGCUGUCAAUGCAGAAUUCGUGAGUGACGGUGCUGAGGUGGAAGACGCCAGUGAGAAUUCAGAAGAGAGUAGUAUUAAAGAUGAUGAACCUUCCUCAGGGACUAUUAAAUAUAAAACACCUCUACCUAUAGGAGAAGUCUACUUUACGGAAACGUUCGACAGUGGGAGGCUGGCUGGGUGGGUCUUAUCAAAAGCAAAGAAGGAUGAAAAGGAUUCAGAAAUUUCCAUAUACGAUGGAAGAUGGGAAAUAGAGGAGCUGAAGGAAGACCAGGUGCCCGGCGACAGAGGGCUGGUCCUGAAGUCUAAGGCCAAGCACCAUGCAAUAGCUGCCGUCCUCAAUAAACCCUUUGUUUUCUCUGAUAGACCUUUGAUAGUUCAAUAUGAAGUAAAUUUUCAAGAUGGUAUUGAUUGUGGAGGUGCAUACAUCAAACUGCUAGCAGACACUGAUGAUUUGAUUCUGGAAGACUUUUAUGAUAAAACGUCCUAUACCAUCAUGUUUGGACCAGAUAAAUGCGGAGAAGAUUAUAAGCUGCAUUUUAUCUUCAGACACAAACAUCCCAAAACUGGAGCUUUUGAAGAGAAGCAUGCCAAACCUCCAGAUGUCGAUCUGAGAGAGUUCUUUACAGACAGGAAGACUCACCUCUAUACUCUUGUGUUGAAUCCAGAUGAUACAUUUGAAAUAUUCAUUGAUCAGAAAGUUGUGAACCAAGGGAGCUUGUUGGAGGAUGUGGCCCCACCUAUCAAUCCCCCCAGAGAAAUUGAUGAUCCCAAUGACACGAAGCCAGACGAGUGGGAUGACAGAGCCAGGAUCCCUGACCCCAGUGCAGUGAAGCCAGAGGACUGGGAUGAAAAUGAACCUGCCCAAAUAGAAGACUCAAGUGCUGUUAAACCUGAUGGCUGGCUUGAUGAUGAACCAAAAUUUAUCGCCAACCCUAAUGCUCAGAAACCUGAUGAUUGGAAUGACGACAUGGAUGGCGAAUGGGAGGCACCGCACAUGCCUAACCCAGCCUGUCAGAUUGGCUGUGGCGAGUGGAAGCCGCCCAUGAUAGAUAACCCCAAAUACAGAGGAGUCUGGAGACCGCCCAUGAUCAGUAAUCCUGACUACCAGGGGAUCUGGAGUCCUCAGAAAAUCCCUAACCCAGAUUAUUUUGAGGAUGAUCACCCAUUCCUUCUGACUUCUUUCAGUGCUCUGGGCUUAGAGCUUUGGUCCAUGACUCCCAACAUCUACUUCGAUAAUUUUAUCAUCUGCUCAGAAAAGGAGGUAGCAGAUCGCUGGGCUGCCGAUGGCUGGGCACUGAAGAUAAUGGUGGCAAAUGCUAAUGAGCCCGGUGUGCUCAGACAGCUAACGACAGCGGCAGAGGAGCGCCCGUGGCUCUGGCUCAUGUACCUUGUGAUGGCUGGGCUGCCCAUAGCCGUAGUUGUUUCAUUUUGUUGGCCAAGAAAAGUAAAGAGAACAUAUGGAGACAUGGGUCCUAAGACAGCCAACAUAUGUAAGUCGCAGACCAAGGCGGCUCUGGAACAAGGGACAGAGGAGGAGAAGGCCCCUGAGAAGCCCGAAGAUUCGGAAGAGGAAAAGAAGCCAAGUGACAGUGAUGUCAUCAUCGCAGAAAAGGUAACAAAAUCUCCACCUCUAGAAGAGGAAGUUGGUGAACUGAAAGAGAAGAGUGAAGAAGAAGGGGAAACCAUAGAGGGGCAGGAAGAGAUGAACAAGUUCAAUAAGUCUGGGUCUGAGGACGAGAUGAAAGACGCUGAUGAGAGCACAGGAUCUGGAGAUGCCCCGGUAAAGUCACUGCGCAAGAGGAGGAUACAGAAGGACUGACGUGUGUCAAGAUUGCAAAUCCCCGAGAGAGAGAAAGCUGGCGUUCCAAAGUUAGUGUGCCCAGAAGGACAGCAGAUCCAUCUGCACAAACUCUUUCCAAAUAUCGAAUAAUGUUAGUCUUUCAGAUACUUCUUUCUUUCUUUGGGGGGGAAGCAACUUUGAAAUUAACUGGUCUUUGGAUUUAGAAUAAAAGAAAAUGGCACAUUACAUGAGCGCCAAGAGAUUGCUUACUAUCCUUAGAAGUGACGGUUUUAAUAGUUGGAAGAUAGUUUUGGUCUUGUAGAGCAAGAUAGCAUGUAGUCAUCAAACCUGCUAUUUAGAAACGUCGCCUGUCAGACUUUCCACUUAAAUGGCUAUGCAAGAAGAUACAAGUUAGUUUUAUAAUACAAUUUGAGUACGUUCUAUUGUACAGACUGAAAGUGACCCAGCUCCCGUAUGAUCAUUUGAUGUCGUCAGCACUUUAAAGUGUUGUAUGUGACCACACUUACAUUGCCUGAGUCACACUAUCAUUAGGUCACUUCACGUAGAGGUUCCUUGGAGGGGUUCUGUGUUGACAGGCAUGUCACUUGAGUUCAAGUGUCACUCAUGCAAUCACUGGGUACUAUGCAAGCAUAUUCUACAUGGAAUAUUAUACUGUACGGACAUUUUUCAAGCUUCUGUAGCCACUUCAUGCC